AUGCGAUACCAGACAAUACUUAUCGACUCGCCUGAGUUUGAGUCGGUGUUAUCGAGUUCAAGUCGUGAACUCUGCCCCGCGUCGAACGAUUAUGUACUCGUCGGGGACUACCGGACAAGUCAAAGGUGUGAUGCUGACUCAUCGGAACUUGAUUGCGAUUGUAGGGAUAUUUUUAGCUUGGCGACCGGAGAGGGAGUCACCGGCGUUGUUGCUGUAUACGGUGCCUUAUUUUCAUGUAUUUGGGUUUUUGACAGUGUGAAGUCUGUGGCUCUAAGAGAGACUGUGGUGUUGAUGGAGAGGUUUGACUUGAGGAAAAUGUGGAGAGCUGUGGGGGAGUUCAGGGUGACGGAUGUGGCAGUGGCAAUGGCACGACCGGUGUUGGUAACUAUGGCGAAGGGAGAUGUGACGGAUGGCUAUGAUUUGAGGUCGUUGGAUAGGGUUGAUUGUGGUGGUGCGCCACUUGGCAAGGACGUGAUCAGAGCAUUUUCAACAAAAUUUUCGGGUGUUCUCUUACAUCAGAUAAUGCCGUUAUGAAAAGUUUUGUGCAAGUCAUUCUUUCUAUUGCAAGAAUUCGUCAAUAACCUAAUCGUUCUUACCACUCAUACUCAUAGGUAAGCUCUCUAUCUCUAUGUAUCUAGAUCCUCAUAUAACUUAUGGAUCCGGGGUUCUUUUUGAAAGGGAUAAAUACAAUUCUGUACUUGCAAAUGAAAGCGAAUUUUUGCUUGAAUUUGCUGUAGUUAAUUAGAUUUGUUUUCCAAGUUGGUGACAAAACCAGGGAGGAUGUCGACUACGCUGAGGAAGAGAUUGAUAGGGGAUUUCAAGAGUUUGCAGUAGGAUCCUCGUAUGUGCAAGACACAAGAGAGGUGUUAUGCUUUGGAACGUUUAGGACUCAAUUGGAUCCUCUUGGUGUUUUUGUUUUCCUAGAUGUUGACAGGACUAAACUGUUGCUAAGAUAGUUGACAUUCAACUAUGAUAUGUUGGUAAUUAGCACUUGGAAAUGUUUAGCAUGUCGAGGAAAGUGGCACAUUGCCCCAAGAUGAUUGCAUUGCAUUUGAUACCAGUGGAAAAGCUUAUAGAAUUAGGAUAGGGAUGUGGAUUGUGUUUUGCCAAUCUUUGCUUAGCC